AAUGAAUCGAGGGUUGAUACUAAAGUUUGAAAAUCUGGUCCAGUUACGUGGUGCUUGCCGGCAGCUGCGUACUCUCUCCUACAGAAAAUUUUACAGAGCGCAAUGGAAGCCUGUGCAGUCAUCUGCGCAUCCCGUGUGGUCCCUUCUUCUGUAUCCGCAGUUCUGGCAAAAAGACAAGUUAAUCAGUAUUGCCUUAUCGCAACACAGGCAUCUAGCUACAAAGGAGGAGACAAAAAAGAAGAAAAAGAAGAUACCACUGACAAAAGGUGAAGUGGAGAUAAGGCAGAAGAUGACUAUUGAGGAACUUGCACGAGCUAUGGAUAAAGACGUAGAUCAUAUUUAUGAAGCGUUGCUAUACACAGACACUGACAUUGAUUCACUAGAACCAGAUUCCAUCUUACAUGAAGACCAUAUCAAGCUAAUUGUUAAAAAAUCAGGAAUGAAGUAUAAAUCAGCAAAACUGAAAGAGGAGAAAGAAAGAGAAAACACAGAUGCUGUGAAAAGGCCUCCGGCAGACCCAGCAGUACUAACCCCACGGCCCCCGGUUGUUACUAUAUUGGGCCACGUUGAUCAUGGGAAAACAACCUUACUUGACAGUCUACGAAAAACUCAAGUGGCAUCAAUGGAAGCAGGAGGCAUUACACAACACAUUGGUGCUUUUCUUGUGCAUUUGCCUUCUGGGGAAAAGAUAACUUUUCUUGAUACUCCUGGACAUGCAGCUUUUUCAGCCAUGCGAGCAAGAGGUACCCAUGUUACUGACAUCGUCAUACUGGUUGUAGCGGCAGAAGAUGGAGUGAUGCAACAAACUGUAGAAUCCAUUCAACAUGCUAAAAAUGCAGGAGUUCCCCUUAUCCUCGCCAUUAAUAAAUGUGACAAACCUGAAGCUGAUCCUGAAAGAGUAAAGAAGGAAUUGCUGGCUCACGACGUGGUCUGUGAAGAGUUUGGAGGUGAUGUUCAAGCUGUAAAUAUUUCUGCACUCAAGGGUGAAAACCUCAUGGUUUUAGCAGAAGCAACUGUUGCUUUAGCAGAGAUGUUAGAACUGAAGGCAGAUUCCACAGGUCUGGUAGAGGGGACCAUAAUUGAGUCUCGCAAAGACAAAGGGAAAGGUCCAGUUACCACAGCCAUCAUCCAAAGAGGAACUCUGAGAAAAGGCUGUGUUCUGGUUGCUGGGAAGACCUGGGCAAAAGUGCGUUUCAUGUUUGAUGAGAAUGGCAAAGCUGUAGAUACAGCCUCUCCAGGCAUCCCAGUGGAAAUCAUGGGCUGGAAGGAAGUCCCUUCGGCAGGAGAUGAAAUCCUUGAAGUAGAAUCUGAGCAAAGGGCGCAUGAAGUUGUGGCUUGGAGAACCUAUGUUGAACAACAGGAGAGGAUGAAAAGGGAUGUGGAAGUUAUUGAAGCAAAGCAAAAGGAACACAGGAUGGAAUACGAGAAGAAGCAACAGAAGCUAGCCCAUCUCACCUGGAGACAGAGGAAGGCGGUGCUGUACAAGGCCAAUAAGCAUCUAAUGUUUUCAAAGCCUAAAGAGAGAACAGAGAUGGACAAAAAUGUGCUAUCGGUAAUUGUUAAAGGUGAUGUGGAUGGAUCUGUUGAAGCUAUUCUGAACAUUCUGGACAGCUAUGAUGCUGACGAUGAAUGUAAAUUGGAUAUCAUUCAUUUUGGAAUGGGAGACAUCAGUGAAACUGAUAUAAGUCUUGCUGAAGCAUUUAAUGGUGUUGUAUUUGGAUUCAGUGUGAAAGCCAAUGAAAGUAUUAAACAGCUGGCUGCUAAAAAGGGAAUAAAAAUUAAACUUCACAAUAUCAUCUACAAACUUAUUGAAGACUUGAAAGAUGAGCUAAAUAGCAGACUACCCCCAUCUGUGGUGGAGAAUACAAUAGGGGAAGCUUCUGUUCUCAAUGUCUUCUCUGUAACAGUAGGAAAAAACAAAAUUCCAGUAGCUGGAUGCAGAGUACAGAAGGGGCUGCUAGACAAAAAAAUGAAAUUUAAGUUAAUCCGUAACGGGGAUGUUAUUUGGAGAGGAUUUCUAUCAUCACUGAGGCAUCAUAAAGAUGAUGUCCAGGUAAUAAAAACGGGUAUGGAUUGUGGAUUGAGUUUGGACAAGUACAUAGAAUUCAAUAUUGGAGAUGAAAUUAUCUGUUAUGAAGAAAAAGAAGUUCAACAGACAACUUCCUGGGACCCAGGAUUUUAAAAUACAUUUGAAUACAUUGACACUAAAGGACACGUAUUAUUCCUGGCUGGCCUUCAACUUGUAUCAUUAAAUGAACUUUCAGAGAU